AUGCAUAAACAUAAUAUGCAUAGUGUAACUUCGCAUAGAAGGAUUAUUUCAUCCUCCAUAAAACCUUCAGUAAGUCGAAUAACAAGUGCACAAUCCAGAUCUAAAUCAAACAACAUGAUUGUCAAUCAAAGUCCUUUAGGUUUUUUCUUAGAAUAGGCUAUACCAGCCAUAACAGAGAAAUCUAAUGUUCCUUUAAAGAUUAUGGAGAAGUAUUUGGAAGAAGGGUACUUAAUAAACAACCAUGAGUCAAUUGUGUCCACUUUAAAACAUGUAUCAGGAGAGGUAAGGAAAUUUUUAUAGUAUAAUUUUAUCUACGUUUAAGAUCUUCCUAAAUCAUAUUAAUUUUAGGAGAAGGAUCCUAAAUUAUUGUUUCGCAUGUAUGAGACUCUAAUAAAUUUAGAUCAAACUAUAAUUCAGGAUCUAUUUGAUAAAAAAUAAUAACUGGAUGACUCUGAUCUUAGUAAACAGCAUCCUAAACAUAAUUUUAGAUUUGAUAUUUUAAUUAAGUUCAUUGAAAUAGUGAGUGAUCUUGUGGCUUGCAUAAUAAAAAUAAUAGAUGACAAAGCCAUUGCAAUAUUUAUUGAAUAAAUUUGGAAAUCAUUGGUUAUGAUUUUAGAUUUGAAUACUCAAUGGCAACAAGAUCGUUUUCAAUCAUUGGUCGAUGUGUAGAUAGAAGGCUAUUAGCAAAGUUUAGAAUAAAUAAAAAGUGAGUAUAAAUAAUUGGAAGAAAAGUAACAAAUGCAAUUACGAGCAUAUUAAUUAAAACUUGCAAUUGAAUAAAAGAAGAAUAUCUCAUUGAGAGAAGAGAAUAAGAAAAUUUGCCAAUAAUAUAACCAUUUAGAAGAUCAGAUAAGUGAACUUAGCAAUAUAGAAAAUGCCAAAGGUGAUCUUUAGAGCAUUAAUCAAAAAUUACAUGAAAUGGACUUAAAUUUCAUUAAAUACAACAAAUAUAUCUAUGAAUCUCAUUAAUAAGCCUCCACUUCUAUGAAGUAAUUAGCUAAAAUAUUGACAUCUAAACCAAUUAUACCGAAAACUUUCAUACAAUAAAAACAUGAAUAACUUAACAUCUAUUAUAAAGAUCAGAAACCCUGUGUUGAAUUGAUGAUCAAUCCAUUAAUAUCCUAAAUUGAAAUAGAGUUUUAUCAUGUGGAUCAACAAAACAAGAAAUAAUCAGCCAGUGAUUUUCUUCAGUUUCUAUUUCAAAAUCUCAAUGCUUAUCCUUCCUAAUCAAGUGUUGAACUCUAUUUAAUAUGGAUUCAUGCUGAUGAAUAGCAAUUUGUUAAUUGUCGUAUAGAUCUGUUAAAUAAAUUGAAUCAAAAUAAUAACAAUGAUUAUUAUAUCAAUGCAUGCUAAUAAAUCCUGGGAAUCAACACAUAAUCUCCCUCAUCUCACAAAGUCAUAGAAGACACUUAAAAAUACAUUAAAAUUAUAGAACUAGCGUUAUUGUAGUAAGCAACACAAAACUAAAAUUAACAAAGAUCUAAUUUAUAUCUUAAAUAAUCCAGUUUAAUCGAUUUUGAAUUGGAAAUUAAUUUAGCAAAGUAUAGUACUUAUGGUCUAUUACUGUAGUUAUUCAAUGAUAUUGCCUCAAUAAUUACAUGAAUACAUAGAACAGACGUGUCCAUCCAACAUGAAAUUAAUAGAGUUUACACAUCAAGCUAUUCUAUUCCUCUAAUAACAAGAGAGACUUAAAUGGAAUUCCUUUGCUAAGUUUUAUUUGAACAAUAUCAACAAAUUCAGUUAUCGAUUAGAUGUAAUUGAGUAGUUCUACAAUAUAGAUGUAUUCUUGGUAUACAAUUGUUAUUUAUCAUUAGAUUUGGUAGUUGAUAAUUAUUCAUUAAAGAUCUAUGAUAAACAAGAAAUAAGAUGAAGUAGUAUCAAUUGAAGAUUUCAUUGAACGUCUAUAUCAAUUGUGGGUCUAUCAUCCAAGAUGUUUAAUAAAACCAUAAUAAGAAUCGCAGUUGACUUAGUCGAAUUCCCCAAUAGCUAAAAAAUCAUUAGCACAAUUUUCUUAAUAAAAAUAAAGUCCUCAAAUUAGAAAACAAGGGACUAUGCUAUCCGAAACUUCUCGGAAGAAAUGA